UUGGCAGAAGGCAAUUGUAAAAUAUUCUUGUGACACGCCUCGUGCAGAUCUCAAGUGCAAGGAUGCUCGAAUCGAGCGUGCAGUGCCUCAAUUGGACACGUAUUUACCUCGUGAGCGGGUGGACAUUUUGUGAGAACGAUUAGUAGAAUUGUAGUAAUCUCUAUCUGAUUUCUGGUUUGCACUGUCGAGAGUUAAUGAUCUGCCGGGCUUAAUCCUAGUUCCUUUUAAAUAUUAAAAUGGCCAACGUUCAUCGUGCUUGGAUUUAUACGAGUUACUCGCGUCUUCCGAUGAAACUUCUAUUGUUUGACCAAACGAAUUCCAACCCGGCUAACUGCAAUUUCAAAACACGCAGACGUACGCCUACUGUCUUCCUGACCGGAAACAGAUUGGCUCCGGCCGUUCGUAUGACACCUCGGUCGUGCAGAUUUUUAUAUCUCCCAUUAGAUAUCGACUUGAUAGUCUCGAUUUCCAAUUAAUUACGCCGCUUGGAGGAUCGUAAAGUGUAUGCCGAGGACCACCAAAAGCGUACGCUAUUCCACAAGUUUACGGCUCGAGAGAAAAGUUUACCUCGAGAGGACGUGGCAGCGGGGCAACGUGCGGAUACUCGAACUCGCGGCGUAUUCGUACGCGAGAACUCGCCCACGCUCGCUCCUACACGCCGCGCGGUCGCUCGUUCCACGCAUGUUGCCUCGAUGUAUACUCGAGGUACUGUGUGUGUGCCUCGGUUCAUUCAGUCGUUCGAAUCCUUCUUUCAUUCAAGAACCGAUACACUUCGAUCGGUGGCGCAUGCACCAGGCGACUCUCGUAGAUAGGCACGCGUGUGCACGUGCAAGCAGACCCGAUCGAUCGAAAGUGAUCUUGUUGAAUGUUUCUCCAGUCGUGCAGUGGAUUGUCGAGGUUAUUUUUUAAUUAGCGGUUUUUCAGCAUUCGGCCGUAUAUCUAACGCCACUGGAAAUUGUAGUUCGACACAAAUUGUGUAA